GUGUUUGUGUUUUGCAUGCAGCAGCGUCUCUCUGCAGCACAUUCUGCAGGUCAGCAUUCUCAGAAGAACACAGAAAGAGGAGAGUUCGGUUCACCGCAGCUGAAUCAGGAUUUGGUUGAAGUGAUUUCCAUCAUGGAGGGGCCCAGUAGACUACCCCCACCCCCCUUCAAACUCCACAAAUCAGCUUCAUCUCCUCUUCGCUAUUCAGGAGCAAUAAGGAAGGUUGCCAAGAAAAAUCAAGUUAGGGAUAAUCUCCUGGAAGGUGGAAAUAAAGAGGAGGACAAUCAAGUUGAAGAGGAGAACCUCCACACCGAGGAGGAGACGGCAGAGGAUUCUGUGUUUAUGAAACCACCAACUGAUUCCUUGGACGUCACAGAUACAGGUGCUCAUCGGAUAAGUUUGAGACUUCCCUCACAGGACAGUUUCUCAGAGGAUAGCUUGGUAUCAGAGGAGAGCCUGGCAGAGGAAGCCAAAAAGAAGAACGAAGAGGAGGAAGCAGCGGCGAAGGAGAGACAAGCUCAGAGACAGAUGAUGGCUAUAGAUGAGCUUGUCCAGUCAGAGAAGAGUUACCUCAGAAUGCUGCAGAUUUGCACUGUAAAUAUCAGGAACAACCUGCUGAACCUCCAGCCUCCUCCACCCGACUUGGACAGUAUGUUCCUCUACAUAGAGGAGGUGAUGGACGUGUCAAGCCGCCUCCUCAGCUUGUUGGACCAGAAGCAGCUCAUGCCUGACAACCCAGACUUUCUAGAAAACCUCUGUGUUUCAUUCCUCGGCCUCUCCUCAGACAUUGAAGCAGCAUACAAAGAAUACCUGUGGAACUACAACCAUAUCUCGUUAGUGGAGAACAGCUACAAACAGAAGGAGGCACUUUGGAAUGACAUUAUUCAAAUCAUAAAGUCAUCAGCCCCUGAAGUCAAUGCCACCUCUCUAAGUUUCUUCUUGGUGAUGCCUGUGCAGCGGAUUGCCCGGUAUCCUCUCCUCCUGCAGACCAUCCAGAAGCACACUGACCCCUCUCACCCAGCGUACGCCCUCCUGGAGCAGGCUGCUCACACCUCCGUCGCCUUAAACUGUCGUAUCAACGAGUAUAAACGCUUCCGAGAAGUCGCUGAUAAAUACAAGAAGACGGAAAACCUGACCAUCAUUGACAAGAUCAACCGGCUUAACACACACAGCAUUGCAAAGAAGACUGCAAGGUUCAGUCAGCACAUUAAACAUGAAACUGGAAUGGCACCAAAGCUGGUGGAUGAAGAAUUUGAUGCCCUUGAAGGUUUCUUUAACAUUCUGGAAUACGGGAUCCUGGUGCUUCUGGAGAAUGUGGAAACGUAUCUGCUCCACCUGCAGAGGUUCUUGGAAUGUAAGACAGAGGAGUUUGACUUUGACAUGGAUGGUGAAAAGACCCCUAUUUGCUACAAGGAGAUCAAUACUGCACUCAGACAGUGGAUCCUUCCAAUGUUUGAUAAAAGGAUGAAGGCUCUAAUUUACAAGCCUCUCUGUGAACUCCGUGACCUCCUGGUGGGCCCAAAGAACCUGAUAAAAAAGAGACUCCACAAACUGCUCGACUAUGAAGUGAUAGAAGGCAAAUCCAAACUGAGUUAUGAGGAACAGGCUGUGGCCAAUGCUUACAAGACAAUUAACACUUUGCUCCUCAAUGAGCUUCCUCGCUUCAAUGGCUUAGCUCUGCAGAUGAUCUGGAGUAUGCUUGGGACGUUCAGCUGCUUGCAUAGAGACCUUGCUGCAGACAUGGAGCAGCUGUUUCAAAGCUUUGCACAGCAGCUCCCUCACAGCACUUGCCACCCUAAGGAGUUCCUGGAGUGGGUGGAGAAUGCAGUGCUUGAAGGAGUGAGGAAGUUGGAGAUUUUAUGCCAAAGUGUGGAGGAAACCCUUAAUGCUCCAGUUGUCCAGCCUGUGAGCCCGUCCUUUCAGCGCCGUCUGAAGCACCUAACAGAUAAGCACGGCUCCGGUAAGAUCUUCCAGGUGACAAACACUGUGGUGGGCACCCGGGACUUUGACCUGAACCUGACUAAAGGGGAGUUGGUGGCCAUCAUCAGCGAGACCGACACCCGCGGAGACAAACGGAGAUGGCUAGUUGAUGCCGGAGGAAAAAAAGGUUAUGUUCCAUCCUCAAAGCUCAUUCGCUAUCACCAAGCAACGGAGGACCCGCCUCCCUCACCAUUCCUUCCUGUGCCGGGAAACAUGACGGGAUUCAGGAGACACUCCUGCAUCCCGGACCCAAACGUCCUCCAUGUCACAAGUCAGCCUUUAUUCCAGGUUUGCGCAGCCUACGACUUCACAGCGAGAGGAAACCAUGAAGUUACUGUCCGUGCUGGUGAGUCUGUCCGGAUCCUGGAGCCCCACGACAAACGAGGGAACCCCGAGUGGAGCCUGGUGGAGGCCCGAGGUCAGAGAGGCUAUGUGCCCUCCAAUUAUCUCAUUAGGAUGCCCGUGGUCACAGGGACACUGGCCCCUCCAUUCCACUAGGAAGAGAGUAGAAAAGUACCUUGUUAUAAGCGUACUACAGUAUUUUGUUUUGAGUCUGCAGCUGCUUCUAAAAAAUCUUUUUAAGCAUAUGUUUUGUGUCAAAAGGGAUUUUAAACUACAUGCAAGAAAAUAAAUGAACUAGUUUAAAUGUAAGGCCACCCAAGUUUAAAAUCAUAUGUAUUUUCAGUUUUUAUCUAGUUAACUGGAUACAUAGAGACAUGUACAAGAUAACUUCAAUUUGGUGUGAAAACAUGUUUUUUUUUCUUUUUUAAUGGCAAUAUAUAGAAGUCCUGCAGACUGUUGAACCUGCAGUAGAUGUUUACUGCAUAAAUAUGUAUUGCAACUUAAACUGUCUGAUUUGUAUAGAUUGUUUCUUAUGUACCUGUUUUAAAAUGUGUCAAAUAUUUUCUUCUUCUUUUUUUUUUUUGAGGAAUUGCCUUCUCACUAAAACUUAUAGACCGUUGCUAAACAUCAGACUCCGACUUUUGAAAGUGAAAAUACUAGAAAGGUCCAGGCAUAAGUAGCCAGAAUGUGUGCAAUAGAAAACAUUGAUCCAGUGCCUCUUUUCUCAUGAUGCUUCAAUGUGGAUCUUUUUGUUUGACCAUUUAUGAGUUUUUAAGAUAUGAUACUGGAUUAAGAUGAAGGAAGCUGCAGUUUCUCUAAUGCUGACUGGUUUCUCAUGUGUUGCUCAUGGGUAACAAGGAAGGGUAGUCUGUGAAUGUAGCAUGAAGGACAAUCUAAAAGUUGCACUGGCAAACUCUUGUGGUUUUUAUUAGUGCCAGAGGAUAGUUUGGAUGGCCCAUCUGAUCUGAAGAAAAAAAAAAAGAAAUAUUGGGUCUAACCUUGACUCAUUUUCCAUGAGCCUCAGUGGGAAAGAAGGGCAAAGAAAAUGAAAAGUAUAGACAGCAUGUUCUCAUUAGAGGCUUUCUGUGUCAGUGGGGGAACUACAACAGUGAGACACAGAGAGCAAACAGUGCUUGUGUGCGUCCUGUCUCAUUUGAAACUGUGCUGAAAGGUGAUUGUGUGUGAGAGUCUCCUCCUCCUCACCUGGAAGCAGGCAUUGUAUCAAGACUGGCAGGUUCACAACGUUCUCAUCAUCCCAGACUUCGUAAUGGGAUGUAAAUGCAAAAUAUCUCAGGCUGAGUUGAGGGGAGACAGAGAAAGGUGCAGCUAAAAAUGAGAAUAGGGAAAAAGAUUCUGGGGAAACGUUUUACUAGGCGAUUUGUUACCAUUGUUUUAAUCCCCUCAGCCCCCGUCACAGCAAAGAAAGCCAUUCCUUGGCCAGGUUUUACUUAACAAGGUUUCUAUAAUGAAUAUAAAGUACUCCAGACAAGACAGAGGUGACCUACUUCUGUGUUCAAGCACACCUGAUAAUGGUUGUUACCAUGGAUACAGUUUAGUUUGUGUUUUUUCUACUUGUCUUGUGUGAAAAUUGUGUGAAAAUGUUGAGACAUUGCAUGACUAAGUCAUAUUUAGUAUGUCAAGAUUUGAUACCAAAUAUGAUUUAUUUCCUGCCGGUUCUUGCAAUUCUUGCUCAAAAUGAAAUCUUUUAAAAAACAAAAAUAAUCAAUCUAAAAAUAAGAUUUUACAACAAUUUUCACCUUUUUGUUUUCUAUAGAAAUAAUAGAAACAAUACAUAGAUAUAUUCCAGUAGUGAUAUUUUUUUUUUUUUUAUAAUUCACUGCUGAUUUUUGCUUAUAUGCGUUAUACAAAAUUGAGAAAUAUUCAGGCUUGAGGAGUUUACCACCAUGUAUAAUAACAAUGCAGAGUUAAUCUUUUAAAAUGAAACAAUUUCUUUAUUUUAGAUAUACUUUUGCACAGACUCUCAGCACCCAACAAUCUAAUCAGACUAUUCGCUCCUUAAAUUUUCUGAUGAGUUGCAUUUACUGCUGUGGAUGUGGAGCAGAGGGAGCUUCAGUGGAUCUAAGUCCAAGUUGCUCAGCUGGAUCUCUUCUCUCUCAGUGAGUUUGAAUGUCAGAUUGGAGCAGAGCAGCAGGAGGCACAGGAAAGGGAUACUGCAGUGAUACUUACAAAAUGCCUCUGUAGCAAAUGUUCCAAAGGUUAGUAAGAACAUGGACAUCCCUUGACCCUAAAAGACAUUAAUUGCUUUUAACUCUUCAAAGGCCAUUAUAAGAGGAAGGGUGAACAUUUAGAAAAUGGGUUGUAACUGUAUAAAUCUGCUUAAAUCAUGCAGAUGACAAAUAAGCAAUUUUAAACCUUUGAUUUAGAUAAUUUUUUGUCAUGUUUAGUGUUAAAUCUAAGAAUUAUUACUUACUGAAGACACCUGGAGCCACUUGCCAAAAACUGGAAUAGAUCUUACCAGUUUUUCAGGACAUUUAUGGAUUUUUGCCAUGAAACAUCUGUUGUUUUUCAAUACACCCACCACUAGAGGGAGGUGUGACUUACACUGCUUGUGUCAUAUCUUUGAUGUACACUGUGUAGUAUGGGUUUGUUUGCUAACAUCAUUACCUUUUGUCAGUAUUUAUCCUGACAUGACCUGAGUGCACAACUGGAGUAGAUUUAGUAAUUUUUGUUAAUACCAUUAAUGUUUUAUUUAACUGGAUGUAAAAUAAAUAUGUUGUUGAUGAUGCUUUCUAAUUCAUAUUGCAGCUCUGUUUGUAAUUUAUUAUAAUGUAGUUCUGUUAAGCCUUGUUGUGAUUUUAACUUAUUGGAUGCUGCAGGACUGCUCUUCCUGAGAUGAAGUAUGAAGCCCUUGGAAGUGCUGCCAGAGUUAUGAUGUUGAGCUCAUUUACUCACACAUGUAUUUACACAGCAGAUGGGAGUCUCUGCAGUGCAACAGCACUGUGUCAGGGCAGCUGUAAUCUGGUUGUGAGGCUUCAAUAAAAUGGUGCUGAAACUUG